AACGCUCUGAGGAGGAGAAAAAAAAAAACCAACCUUGUGUUGCAGUUUCGGAAAACCUUGGAUGAGGACAUUUUUUUUUCCCCACUCCUGCUUUCCCUGUUGAUAAACUCGGUUCUCCUGAUCACGGUCUAUUCAAGCUGCUUCCCAUCUGAUUUUUGACAACUGCUUCUAAAAAAUUAUCAAGAAGACCAAGAAUAGAACUUAUCUCCAUCGCUUUACAUAAAAAUGGCUGGUGCAUUGCCAUGCUAACACUGCACUAAGUGGUACACGCAGGCUGAUACACAGUAGCCACAGAGUUCACAAAAUUACUGAGAUGGUUUUGCCGAAAAUACCAGUCGAUACCACUUUUAAAAGACUCUAACAGAAGAACAACCUGAUUUUAGAUGACAGUCAUGUCCCAUUCAAAGGAUCUCAAGGACGAUUUCCACAGUGACACUGUACUUUCUAUUUUAAAUGAACAGCGCAUUCGGGGUAUUUUAUGUGAUGUCACCAUAAUUGUGGAAGAUACCAAAUUUAAAGCCCAUAGUAAUGUGCUGGCAGCUUCAAGCCUUUACUUUAAAAACAUUUUUUGGAGUCGUACUAUCUGUAUUUCAGGUCACGUACUGGAGUUAGAUGAUCUCAAAGCUGAAGUGUUUACAGAAAUACUGAAUUACAUCUACAGUUCCACAGUAGUUGUUAAGAGGCAAGAAACUGUAACGGACCUUGCAGCUGCAGGGAAAAAACUGGGAAUAUCAUUUCUAGAAGAUCUUACAGAUGUUAAUUUUUCAAGUUCCCCUUGCCCCUAUGCAUACUGUAUUAAUGAAAAAGGGGCUGUCAAAGAGGAAAAACAUGAAAAGAGACAUGAAGACUCCGCUGUGACAAAUGGACCACGAAUUACAAACGCAUUCUCAAUUUUUGAAACUGAGAACACUUUGUUUUCUCCACUUGAUUUGAGGGCAAGCUUUAAAAAGGUAUCUGAGACAAUACAAGCACCCAUCAGCCUCGACAGAAGCGAUGUCUGCAAAGAUGCUGAGCCAGCCAGUACACUGGCCGAACAUUCCUAUGCAGUUUCUUCUGGGGGGGAUACUUUUCAAGGAACACCUUUUCCUGAACAGGACAGCAGCCCUUCAUACAAGAUGGGUGAAGACCACUAUGAAAAUCUCCAAGCCACACCACUCAUUCAGCCGGGAAAACAAGCAUGUAAUGCUCCUAAAGCAGCCUUUAAGCCCCAGGGUACUGGUGUGGCUUUAGCAAAAGUACCGGCCUCUACAGUAACCACUACAGAAGCCCAGCAUGAAGCAGUUACUGAUCAGACAAUUAUUUCCUUUCCAAAACCUCAAAAUAAAGCAGGAGAUUUCCGUUUAUCCAGAGAAGAGGAAAACAAUUCUGCGAAUGUCUCUGGAUCCGUGGCGACUGUUGUUCCACCUGUUUACAACUGUAACUGUUGUGCAAAAUCAUUCAAUGACAGGGCGUUACUCAGUACUCAUCUUCAGCUCCAUUCAGAGCAUCAGGAAACUUUCAUAUGCAAAUACUGCAGCAAACAGUUUGCAAAUCUAAAUAUACUGGAAAGUCAUGAACAAGUCUGCAUGAGAUCGAGUAGCUUACCGGUUCACAAUGGAAACGAACAAAAUUUUGCAGAUAACUAUACUGCUACGGACGGAAGGAAUGGAAGUUCAUAUGCAAAUGCAGAGCCUCUAUUGUCUGAAAACAGCAUCACCGAUUUUUCUAAUGCAAACUGCACUUUACCAGAAACAGAUCAUUUGGUUAAAGUCGUUGAUGGGCAGAUACUGUAUACGUGCAUCGUUUGCAAGCGUAGUUAUGUAACAUUGUCUAGCCUUCGAAGACAUGCAAACGUGCAUUCAUGGAGGAGAACAUACCCUUGUCACUACUGCAAUAAGGUAUUCGCAUUAGCUGAGUAUCGCACCAGACAUGAGAUCUGGCACACUGGAGAAAGACGGUAUCAGUGCAUUUUCUGUCUGGAGACUUUUAUGACUUACUAUAUACUAAAAAAUCAUCAGAAGUCUUUCCACGCAAUUGACCAUCGUCUCUCAGUAAAUAAAAAGACAGCCAACGGAGGCUUAAAACCAAGUAUGUACCCAUACAAACUUUAUCGACUUUUACCUAUGAAAUGCAGGCGACUACCUUAUAAGUCCUACGGAAAUUCUUCAUAUGAAAAUGUUCAAACAAGUAGCCAGGUUAAUGAAACUGCUUCUACCAACUGUUUCAUUCCGAGUUCUCUUAGCUCUGAGCUACCACCACUGAAUUUCCAAAGUAAUAUAAUAGCAAACAACAGAACUCUGGCCUUAGAUGCCUCUUCAUGCAAUGAUACAGCAUCUUCCACAAAUACUCAGAAAUCUUCCUCUUGGGGAGUAGGUAUCUUAAAUUCUGACCUGCAAAGGGACUUUUUCACAGCCGAAAAAAGAGUUUCCACUGCUGCAAGUGACUCUGGUUCUCAGGAGUGCGAUUCCUCAGUUGUGUCUUUAACUAAUGUGAAUGAAAAUUCAACCUCCGUCAUCAGUUACAGCAGUUCUGCACCCUCUGUUAUAAUGCACAGUAGCAGAGUUUCAUCAGUAAUAAUGCACAGUAAAACAGUCACUUCUGUAGAAAACAGUAAGACAGAAUCUUCAAAUAAUCUACCUAGUCAGCCUGUAACUGAUGAUAGCAAAUAUGGGUCAGAUAAUUAUGGGAAGUGCAUUACAAAAUCAAAAACUAUUAAGGAGAAAAAGAAAACACUGCUGUACAACAGAGCAGAAGCAACUGAGGAUACGCAGCACGUCGCAGGAUCUGGAGGUUCAUCUAGCAAAACAACAAAUACUGUCCAAGAAUCGAGUAAAACUGAAACGUACAUUGCAAAGCCUGCCUUACCUGGAACAUCUACUGACAGCAAUGUUGCGCCUCUUUGUCAGAUAACAGUAAAAAUUGGUAAUGAGGCUAUUGUAAAAAGACAUAUAUUGGGAUCUAAGCUGUUUUGUAAAAGGGGCCGAAAAUCGAAACACGAGUCCAAACAGGACAAUCUAAUUGAGGAAUCAGAAAUGGAGAUAAAAGAAAGAAGCCCGACGAGGCUCUACAGCUCAGAAUGCCUGGAGCUGACGGAAAUGUGUGAUGACGUAAGUGACCAGGACUCCAGUGAUAAACCCUGGAGACCCUAUUACAAUUACAAACCAAAAAAGAAAUCCAAACAGCUAAGAAAAAUGAAAAAGACCAAAUGGAGGAAAAAGCACGGAAGCAAGAACACCAUUAUGGAAAGCCACAACACAUGCAGUCGAGAGUAUGCACUCAGGAAUGCUCCUGAGGAAAAGGCGAUCAGUCAAGAAGAGAACGCAGAAAUGCCUAAUCUUCAUUGUGAGCUCUGUGAAAGAGAUCAAUCUUCUACUGCAGAAAUUCAAGAACACGUACACUGGCAUGUAGCUACUUCAAAGCCUUACAUUUGUGACUUAUGCCAAAAACAAUUUCAAAGUCCAUCCACUUUAAAAAUGCAUAUGAGGUGUCACACUGGGGAAAAGCCCUACACUUGCAAAACCUGUGGUAAAAGUUUCUCAGUUCCUGGAAAUCUACAGAAACACGAACGUAUUCACCUGGGUGUCAAAGAAUUUGUCUGCCAAUACUGUAAUAAGGCGUUCACUUUAAAUGAAACACUCAAAAUACAUGAAAGAAUUCAUACUGGAGAAAAACGCUACCACUGUCAGUUCUGCUUUCAGAGCUUCUUGUAUCUUUCUACCAAAAGGAACCACGAGCAAAGACAUGUACGUGAGCAUAAUGGAAAAGGAUACGCUUGCUUUCAGUGCCCCAAAAUUUGCAAGACGGCAGCUGCUCUGGGAAUGCACCAGAAGAAACAUCUAUUCAAAAGUCCAGGUCCACAUGAUAGAAAAGAACAGUUUUGCAAUGAAAGCGCUAAACUUUUGGAAAAUCCACCUUUCCUUGGCUCAGAAGGAAGUGAAGUAAAAAAUAUACAAAAUGUAACUCCAGAAGUUAUACUCUGAGUGACAGUUGUGCAAAAGAGAAAACAAAUCCAAAACUAUAUACUGGAGAAAAUAUAGAUGCAUUAAAUGGGGAAACGUCUACACUCAAACUACUGUCAUUUACUAUGAUCAAAUUUCUUCACCUAAACACGUGUCAAUAUAUGCAAAAGAGGGAAAAGUAACACAGAAAAGAAAAACUAGUAUUUGCAAUAAUACAAACUUAAUGUGAAAGACCCAAAAUACUUUUGCCACAAUAGACUUCUAACAUAUAGAGAAAGAAAAAAGGAAAAAAAUAUGACCAACCAAAACCCUUCUACUUAGCAUUACAGGAAACUAGUCACUGAACUAUUUUACAGUGCUGUUUUUGAGUCAGAAUCAUUCUGGGCAAAAUAAAUAUGUAGGUUCACAGUGUACUCUGUAGAAGGAAUUUUUGCUGCAGAAACCAUAUAUUGCAUUUUUUAACAAAAAGUAAUGUGUUUAUAAACAAAAUAACUGUAAUUUAGUGUAUUCUGAAGUGAAGGUGGGAAGCGUUUCAUGAACUUGGGUGUGCUGAAGUACAGUUGAGUUCUGGCGUGCUUUUCUGUAACUCAACGGUUACAAAACAUAUUCAGGAGUUUGAACCUCUUUUCCUUUCCAUAUUCAGUUUUGUAGUUACCAUAAUAACCGUUAAGUCUGAGUGCUUGUGUGGAAAGUAUUCCAGAUUUAUGAUAUCUCUGAGACAUUUAAUAAAGAUUGAGUGGAACU